ACGACAGCGGAGUACAUUGCCACAGUGUGUGUGCCAGCACCGACAGUGGAUACAUUGCCACAGUGUGUGUGCCAGCACUGACAGCGGAGUACAUUGCCACAGUGUGUGUGCCAGCACUGACAGCUGAUACAUUGCCAUAGUGUGUAGUACACUGCCAUAGUGUGUGUGCCAACACCGACAGCGCAUACACUGCCACAGUGUGUGUGCCAGCACCGACAGCGGAGUACAUUGACACAGUGUGUGUGCCAGCACUGACAGCUGAUACAUUGCCAUAGUGUGUGUGCCAGCACUGACAACAGAAUCCACGUCCGGAGUGUGCCUACCGGCACUGAUCUGAGGACACGCGCAGUCAUGGCACUGUGUACUUUUCACCAGAAAGUCUACGCCAAGCUCCUGGCCGGCUGCCUGCUACCUGUCACAGCCUCGGUGCCAUGCCGGGUUACAGAGUGUCUCGAUGGGACUUCCUGUUGUGAAUCACAGAACAAAGUCUACCUGGACUACAGCUGGUAUGGGCCCCUGUUUAUCUGUAUGUUGAUUGUGUUCUCAGUGCUGUGCCUUUGUGGGAUCUGCAAUAAUGUCUGCCGCUUCCGAUCUCGAGCUGAACCAACGUUGUCCCUAAGAGACACUCCGCUCAUAGACAUGGGCGCACCACCGCCAUACAGUGAGGUGACUGCCAAACCUUACCUGUACCCUCCCAGUAUGGCCAGCCCACCCUCAUACACCAGUGUGGUUGAGAGCAGUCCAUCUCCUCCUACCUAGGAGCAUCAGAGCUGAAAUUGAAGACACCUAAUGGAUA